ACAAAAGGGAGUGCAAUACAAAGUUUAGUUUUUUUUGAUAACUACAAAUUUUCUACCAUCGUUCUAAUUUUGUAAAUAUAAGUAGCUAUAUUCAAAAUAUGUCGUGCCACUUUAAAUAUACAAAGGAGACGAAUCUAUCAAUUCCAAGAACCGCAGAAAAUAAUAAUAAAAUUUAUUAUGAAGUUAAAAUUGUAAUCAAAGAUGUUGAAUGGUCCGUUCUAAGACGAUACAGGGAGUUCUACGAUUUUCAUGAAAAAUUAACUCACUCAGAAGGACAUGUCAUCGCGAAAAGCCUUUUACCUCCAAAAAAAAUUCUUGGAAAUAAAAAUCCAGAAUUUGUGGAGCAAAGAAGAAAGCUUUUGGAGGAAUAUAUUCAAUCAUUACUAGGAUUAUUUAAUGAUAAAUUACCCAGAGCAUUCAUUGAAUUUCUAGAAUUUAAUAAGUACGAUAUCGUAUAUCUUUUGCAAGAUCUAUCACAUUAUUUUUGUGAAUUUGGUGAUUCAUUACUGCUGACAUCUAAAGAAUAUAAUUUAUCUUCCCUUGAGUUACAUUGCAUUAGUGAAAGAUUAUGUAUUCCAUGUCCAGAAGCGGAUCAAAAAGAUAAAUAUGAUUUUUCACAUGUACUGGACUUUUGCUCACAAUUGGAUAUAGUUUCUGUUACCCCUUUACAUGCUCAUGAAGCUACUGAAGGAUGCUAUUACAAUGCUGUUGAUGUGCCAAUUGGAAAAAGUAAUUUGAUUCCAAAAAAUUUAAAAUUCAAUAUGAACGCUUUUAGAAAUAUCAAAGAAUUAAAGUUUUAUGGGUUAUCAACUGAGAAUAUAUCAGAUGCCUAUUUUCUAAAAACGUCCUUAGUAAAAUUUUACGUUCAUAAUACAACAAUUCGCCAAAUUAAUCAAGUUCUAUUAUGUGAUUCUGUACACAAAGAUGUACCUAACGCAAGUGAUUGCAAUGUAUGGGAUAAAUUACAACAUCUUGAUUUUACUGGAAAUUUGAUUACAAGCCUUGAUGAAAGUAUUAAGUUAGCAUCUAAAGUAAAAACAUUGAUUUUAGAUAAAAAUCGCCUAAAAUCGAUACAGUGCUUAUCAAGCCUGUCUAAUUUAGAAACACUUAGCUUGGCUGUUAAUCUUAUAUCUGAGUGUUUGGAUUGGCAUUUACAAUUAGGAAACUUAAAGACCUUAAAUUUAUCACAAAAUCGAAUAUCUACUCUGAGUGGAUUAAGAAAAUUAUACUCAUUAGUUAACCUAGAUUUAAGUUGCAAUCAAAUUGAAAAUUUAGAGGAAAUUGACCAUAUAGCUAGUUUACCACUUUUAGAGAAUUUAAAGCUAACUGCAAAUCCUUUAGCUGGAAGUGUUGAUUAUAGACCCAGAGUAUUAGCAAGAUUCUAUGAUAGAGCACCCGAGAUAAUCUUGGAUAAUGAGCAUGCAACAGGAAUGGAUUUAGACAUGGCUUUAGUUCUAUCAGCAUUGAAUAAGGCCAAAAUUAAUGUUAACAGUAUUUCUUGAUUAUGGAACAUACUAAUUUUAAAAAUUAUAUUUUAAUUUUACACCA